AUGGUGUCUCAAUCAAACGUGGACCAAAUCACAAAAGAACGCAUCCAAACUGCGGCGUCGCCGUUGGGAAACAAGAAAGAAAAACCAAACCAGUUGAAGGAGACGAGAGUGAAACAUAAACCAAAGUAUCGAACGAAGAUGACAUUUCUGAAUAAGAUUCGAUACAAUAACGGCGUCGUUGGUUUGUUUUUUGGACGAAGAGUACGGUUUAUUGCGUUUGGAUUUGUUUUGGGGUAUGGCUUAAGGUUUUGGCAAAACGCAGACGAAGCGGAGACGAAGAAGAAGGAAGAAGAAGAGAAGAAGAAGAAGAGAAAGAAGAAACCAUUGUUACAAACGAGAGCGAAAAUCACGGAACUUCCGGACGACGCGGAUCCAGAUUUCACGUUUGACUCCAAAGGGAACAAAAUAGAACCGAAGAUGAAAGCGAACGCGAAAGAGCAAAAAAUGGUGUUGCUCGUUCGCGAAGAUUUGAACAUGAGUUCCGGGAAAGUCGCCGCGCAGUGUUCGCACGCCGCGGUUGGGUUAUUCCAACGGUUAAUAAGCGAAGAGUAUCGCUCACACCCAACCGUUCAGAAAAAUCUCAAAACGUGGAUCGAGGAAGGGCAAAAGAAAGUAUGUUUGUCCAUCGCGAAUGUGGAAAUGUUGGAGGAUUUAAGAGCGAGUUGUAGCAUGAAACGCAUCCCGUACUUUGUCGUCGAAGACGCCGGAAGGACGGAGGUGGCGCACGGCACAGAAACGGUCAUGGCGAUAGGACCGUGCGAGAACGAAGUGUUAGAUCGCGUGACUGGAAAGUUACGCCUGUUCGAUUCUUAA